AGGAAAUGUUACACUGAACGCUUCCCAGGGUUUUCCUAGAAGAAGUUAAUGGAGCAGACAGAAAGUAAUGGCAUGGAGACGGUGGUAAACUGUUUCAAGAAAAGACCAGAUGCUGUGGCCAGACUGAUCUGCUUCCCCUGGGCAGGUGGAGGGUCCAUACACUACGCUCGCUGGGGAAAUGUCCUCAGCAGCUCUGUUGAGGUGAGGUGCCCAGAAAGCAUUUCACGUGUACCGCUGUUCCCUCACACCAAGAAGGUCCUGGAACCCUGCAUGGUUUUAAUCCCUGCAACAUAAAAAAAAAUUCUAAUCUGUUUCAGUUUCGGUGCCUUCACAAGCUUCGCUGUUGCAGACGCGCUGAAGAAAAUUCACAACAUGGAGCCAGUUCACAUCUUUCUGUCUGGUGCUUCUGCACCUUAUUCAGAGACUCGCAUUAAAACCCCAAAGAGAAGCGACUUGUCUGAUGAAGAUUUUCUUAAGUGGUUAAUUUCGAUUGGAGGAACUCCUCCUGAGCUGCUGGCGAACCCUGAAGUCCUCAAGCUCUUCCUUCCCGCCCUGAAGGCUGACCUGCACGUGGUGGAGAACUACAGAUGUAACAAGGCGAGCAGCCCGCUUUUCUCCUGCCCGGUCACGUGUUUUGACGGGAAGGAUGACAUUCCUCAUGAUUUACAAGCUUGGAAAGACAUCACAUCAGGAGAUUUCACCAUAAAGAUGUUCCACGGAUCUCAUUUCUACCUGAAGGACUCUGGAAACGAAAAAAUAAUUUUGGAUUACGUCACAAAACAUUUGGAAACCUCAGAAAUGGACUAUUUAUAAACAAAACGACGAUUUUUCUACUAAUUUAUGGUGAUAUUUAAUUGUGUUACCAGUGUAGCUUGUUAUGUUUUGACUGCCCCAGUCCCACGAGUACAGUGAAUUCAGUAACUAAGCUAAAAGUAUUGAGACUUAAAAUAAUAUCCUAUUCCUGUUACUGACUUAUUUUAAUUAUCUAGAGUUUGUGAUUUAGAAAGAUUUGAUUAAAUAUCUCUGGAUGCAUCUUUUUCUGCUUUAA